AUGUACAUAGCAAAUGAAUUCGGACAUUCAGUUAUGAAAUGGAAAAUAGGAGAUCCAAGUGGAACAUUCAUAGCUGGCAUACCUGGCGUAGCCGGAUCAAAUUCAACUACUUUAUCAGGUCCAAGUGGUAUAAGAUUAGAUUCAUAUGGAAAUCUUUAUGUUAGUGAAUUCGGUAAUGGUCGUAUUCAAAUGUUUUGUCCGAAUAAUAGUACUGGUACAAUAAUAGCUGGUACAGGUGUAUCCGGAAAUAGUGCUAAUCAAUUAAGUAGUCCAGCCAGAUUUACGUUUGAUUCACAAAUGAAUUUAUAUGCAUCAGAUAAUGGAAAUAAUCGUAUACAAAAAUUCAUGAUUUUAUAA